CAAAUUCAUCAAUUUCACUCGGUGAAAUAUUUUUAAAAAAAGGCAAAAUUUCAUCAUAAAACAUCGAUUCUUUCCCUAAUCUCGAGUUACGGAAAUCUAAAUACUGUUGCAAAUUGAACCAUCGAUAAUGAGGCUAGUCUAGAACAUACCUGGAAUGUCUUUUAAGCUUAUACAAAAAAAUGGCGGACGGUUCUCAGCCGGACUACGAUUCAAAAUCUGAAGAUGGUGAUAAUAAAGUGAAAGUAAUAUGUUUAGGAGACAGUGCAGUAGGCAAAUCAAAAUUGGUGGAGAGAUUCUUAAUGGAUGGAUACCAACCUCAACAGCUGUCCACAUUUGCUUUGACACUGUUUAGAUACAAGACCAAAGUAAGCAAUGAAAAUAUUGCAGUAGAUUUCUGGGACACUGCUGGACAAGAAAGAUUUAGCAGUAUGCAUCCAUCAUAUUAUCACCAAGCUCAUGCCUGUAUAUUAGUCUUCGACACAACUAGGAAAAUCACAUACAAAAAUUUACCAAAUUGGUUUAAAGAAUUACGACAAUAUAGACCUGAAAUCCCCUGUCUUUGUGCUGGUAACAAGAUAGAUGUGGAUUAUAGUAUAACAAAAAAGGCCUUCGGUUUUCCAAAGAAGCACAACAUGCCAUUCUACUUUGUAUCAGCUAGUGAUGGAACCAAUGUAGUCAAAUGUUUCCGGGAUGCAAUUAAGGCCGCUGUAGCAUACAAAAAUAACUCAACAGAUUUCAUGGAUGAAAUAAUGCGAGAGUUAGAGAAUUUUGACCUCGAGACAGAAGGUGAGGAUAAGUCUGAUGAGAAAUCAGACUCAGGGCUAGAUUCAGCAGGGGACUCCCAGGGCAAAGACGAUCAGGCCACAGGUACUAGCACAAGCUAGUACUGGCCACACAUAGGAUCUUAUCAUAUGCUAGAAUAUCACUGUCGUCAUGUUUAAUAUUGGAUUAUACAAUGGAUACCACUUGAAAGCCACAAUAGAUUGGAUUUGGAAUGAGACAGAAUCAGAUAUUUCGAAAUAAAUAGAUGGCUGAUAAAACAGGAAAAGUGGGUACUUAUAUCAAUCAACAAUCCUGUGUAGAAUCGGCUGCAGUAAACUUGAGGACAGUGAUAUACAAGUGGGCAUAUAUUAUAUAGUUAUCAAACAUUCAUACGCUCAUUCUGUUAGUAUUGAUGUCAGCUAAGAUGGCAGAGUGACCUUGAGUUCACAUGAUUCUUUGACCUUGAGUUCAGAUGUCACAUUGAUCUUUGGUUCAGAUGUCACAUUGACCUCGAGUUCAUGUGUCAAAUUGACCCGAAGUUACGGUGUCACUUUGACCUUUAGCUCUGUUCUUAGAGCCUUUAAAAGUUAUUGAAUCCAGUUUAGUACAGGACUACAAAUGAGUUAGAGGUGGACUAGAUAAAUUGUAUACCUUGACUGGAUAUUGACUGAGUUCUCCAAAUGACUUAUCAGAAUGAAGAGUAUACAUAUAACAGUGUUGACAUUUACAUGAUAGACAACUUUUUGGUGUAAACUAGUACAUGUAUAUAUAAAUUGCGAAUUCAGGAACAAAUUCAGGAAAAUAGUUCAAGAAAUAUGAUCAAAUGAAACAUUGAAAAAAGAAUUUUGACUAAUAAGCAUAAAAAUCCUCCAUGAAGUUUUCAAAUUAAGCUGGUUUCAUAUAGGAUUUCCAACGUAACACACAUUUAUUUAUUUCACUAACAUCUUCAAUUUUCAAUUCCUUUUACAGCUUUCAAAG